AAUAACUUAUUUGGAAACCUCGGAUAUGUUCGUCAGUUACUUCAAAACGAAAAUAGGGAAUUUACGUAUUUUUUUCUUCUUGGUUGAUAUCAUAUGACUUUGAACAAAUAAAUUUCUUUUCAUAGUUCUCUUUAGAGCAAGGUUGUAUUAUGUACUGAUUUAUCAGCUUCUAUGGUUCAAACAUGGGUGAUGAGUGGCCAGGUCAGAGAUUACAUCAGUAUGCUAUAUUUGACCGCCAUGAUGCUAUGUUAGAUAUUCUGCAGGGGGAGGAGAGAAGAAACAUCAAUGCACGUGAUAGAUGUGGCCGUACACCAGUGUAUACCGCUGUAUCUAACAACAGUAUAAAGUGCUUAGAAGUACUUCUCCAGCAUGGAGCUGAUCCAAGCAUUGCUGGAGGAGAAAGGGUUAAAAAGCAGACCCCCUUGCACCAAGCUUUGUUGGAGUGUAAGGUGGAAGCGAUUAAACUAUUACUGCAGUAUGGAGCAGACCUCAGUCGGGUGGACGAAACAGGAAUGACGCCAGUUAAUCUUGCCAAAAGUAUUGGAAGCAAAGAAUAUAUAGAUAUAUUUGUGCAAGAGGAUGAAAGAAGGAGACAGAAUGCAAUGAGAGUGGUUGCAGAAUUGUACACAGCAUGUGAGACUGGAGAUUUGAUGAGAGUGAAGGAUAUAUUGAGGGUACCACCCCCGGCAGGCUGGGAGCUGGCAAACAUUGAGCUUGCUGACAAAGACAGAACUCCACUUGUUGUGGCGAUACAGAAUGGUCACACAGAUAUCACAGUAGAACUGCUUGGUACUAUAACACAGUUACCAGCUCAACCUUCCAUUAUACACCUUGCUGUUGAAAUGGGUCAGCCAAACAUUGUCACACAUCUGUUAAAGAAAUUUCCAGAGUGCUGUAAGGUCAAGGAUGAUUCUCACAAACUACCUCUCCAUGUUGCAUGCGAGGCUGAUUCUCUUGAACUAGUCAAGCUUUUGAUGGAGUGGGAUUAUCCAGAAUCUGUAAACCAGUCUGAAAUUGUUGUGCAUAGACAAUUGGAAUACAGUCUACCAUUUCCUGUGAAUGAUGUUUCUGCAGAUGGAAAAUCUGCUCUAUUUAUAGCAUGUGAGAAUGGAUAUGAGGAUAUAGUUGAUUAUUUGUUGAAUUUUACUGUGAAAGGUACACCUAUUGGUAGUCAUUCAGGAACAGGUAGGAACAGUGAUGGUUUGUCAAGUGGGAGUUCUGGACUGUAUCAAAUGGAAGAAGUAGAUGUUGACAUUAAACCAGUUCAGAUUGAUUCAAAUAUAGUUAAUGAUGCUUCAAGUCCCAUACAGUUACCUGAAGACCCAGACAUAGCUAACAGUGUGAUAUAUAGAAGAACUCAUGUGAAAAUUCCCACAAGUCAGACAUUGACAUGUGUAUAUAUUGCUGUUAAAAACCGUCAUCUUCAGAUUGUGAAGAAAUUAGCUGACUUUGGUGCCAAAUUUGACCUAACGGCCCGAGACAAAGAUGUAGAAUAUUCAGUAUUACUAAAAUUGGCUUUAGACAACGAAGAUUUACUGAUGCUAGAUACUGUGUUAUCCUUGGGGGUUCCAGAUUUGAAUAACUUUGUUUUUGAAGAGGCAGUUCGGUCACAUCCAGAGUUCAUUGCCCAUUUUCUCAAGUAUAAAGCAAGUGAAGAUAAGGUCAACCAUAUUAAUAAGAAACUGAUGAAGAAGGAAUAUUCAUUGAUGUCUGUGGGUGUGGAAAAUGCUGAUAAACUCUCCUCCACAGAUCCAAAAUACAAACAGAUUUUUCCAACGGAAUCCGUGAACCUCAGGUGGCAAAAUCUGAAAGUGUUGUCAACAGUAGAGCCAUCUUGGUUGAUAACUUCUGUGAACAUGUUUAAUCCAGCAAUCUCAAGCUUGAACUCCAGAAUUCCAAUGUUCGCUGUAACAAGAGUGGAUGUGUCUCACAAUAAGAUCACAAUGGUGCCGAAUUCCCUACUGCAGCUUCCGUCACUUAGCACACUGAUAGCUUCACACAACAAAAUUACUGAAUUCCCAUCGCAAACACAUUUUAGUCUCGAUGGCCAGUUCUUAGAGGAGCUGGAUGUUCAGCAUAACUCCCUUUCAACUAUUCCAAAUUACAUUUUCACGCUCCCUCGUCUAAGAGUUCUCAAUGUAAGCCACAAUAAUAUUCAGAAGUUGCCAGUCAGUCUAUGGCAGUCAGAAUACCUGAAAACUGUUGACCUUAGUUUUAACAAAAUAGAUAAUUUACCUCAGCCUGUUGCAUCUGUCGGAAGAAAAGAAUCAGAAGAAAGCAUUGCAAGUGACAUCCAGUUUGAAAGUCUCCCUGACACUAUGGCAGGUGAAAAUGACGAAUUACGGUCUAGCACUGAUAGUCAUGUGAUCAUCCAUCAAGUGAAAAGGUCCAAUCACUGGUCUGAUGACAUAGUAGUCUGUGAUGAAGCAGUGAAGGCUGCAGAGAACUAUAAAAAAGGUCUGAAAACACUAAAACUUGGGAAAAAUUUUCUGAAAACUUUUCCAGAAUUUUUGUCGUGCUGUUGUCCUCAGCUGGAAAACCUUGAAAUGCAAAACAAUGAAUUGAAAACAUUAGGUAACCUGGGAGCCUAUCCAAAACUGUUGAAGACGUUGGACUUAAGUCAUAAUCAGAUUGAAAGUAUGGGAGACUGGCAGCUUGAAGAUGAGAGAAGAAAAUGUUUCUGUGCACCUAGACAAGCCUCCUUGGUCGGGUCAGGAAUGUUUGGUCAGUCUUCAUUGCAAGCUACCUGUGUGCAUCGUGGUCAUACAAAACUGGAAAACCUCGAGUCUCUAGAUCUGUCGAGUAACAAUCUGUCAACGCUGGUCAUAUUGAGAACAUCUGACAUUACUCACUCAAUGUCUACAAAUCUGCAAGAUAGAGAGGCUAUAGAGAAGGAUAUUCAAGGGAAGUUACUCUUUCCAAACAUCACCAACCUCAGUCUGGAUAUGAACAAACUGACUUGCUUACCUGAGGAUAUAAAAGAAAUGCAGACCUUGAAAACGCUCUCACUCAAGAAAAACAUUAAGCUGAAAGAGCUUCCUCCAGCCCUGGGUUUACUGGACAGACUUCAGCGUAUUGAGGUGGAAAUGUGCCCCCUGGAAGGUCCCAUUCAGGAUGUUAUAAAAGGGGCUUCAGGGAGAGCUUCUGAUAUAACAGGGUUUCUCAGAUCUGUUCUUGAAGAGUCACAACAGUACAACAGUAUGAACCUUAUGAUAGUUGGAUCAUUUAACAUUGGGAAAACAUCUCUACUGCAACAGUUAAUGAAGAAAGGAAGGUCCAAUUCUCAGAUGAAGCAUUACAACCAGAGACAGGACAGCACAGCAACAUUCACCACCAGGGAUGGUAAACCAUUAUCUACUGUUGGUAUAGACAUCUGUCAGCUUAUCUUAGAGGGCAGUCAUGGAACAGUAGAGUUCAGGACUUGGGAUUUUGCUGGACAGACAGAGUAUUAUGCCACACAUCAGUAUUUCUUAAGUCCCAGAUCUCUCUAUUUGGUGGUGUGGAGCCUCAAGGAUGGUGAGCCAGGUGUAGAUGAACUAAGACAGUGGCUAGUAAAUAUACAGGCCCAGGCACCAGGUUCUCCUGUCAUUAUUGUGGGUACUCACCUUGAUGAGAUACAAAAACGGCGGAGAGACUUCCCAGCUAACUGGGAAACUUCCAUGAAUACCUUGAUAAAGGAGAAGUAUAAGAGGAUAGAUAACUACAAUGUUGGUCUACCACUUGUUAUUGAUGUCAUAAAUGUGGCUGCAUGUAAGAAAGCCACCAAUAUGGACAAGCUACAGAAGCUGAUCUAUGAUACAGUGUUCCUGUUGAAACAUCCAACACGUAAGAGUGAGUCUCUGUUAGGUCACAAAGUACCAAAGAAGUACAUGAAGUUACAGUCAGUUAUAACUGAGAUAGUGAGGCAAAGGAAGAACAGCAACAGGGAACCGGUCCUAGAUUCUAAUUCAUAUCUACUGAAUGUGAUGGAAGAAAUGUCUAAGGAUGACUCAACAACAAGUUUUAGAAAUAAAGAGGACCUUAAUCAAGCCACAAGAUUUCUUCAUGAAAAUGGCGUAUUGUGCCAUUUUGAGGACAUGGCAUUAAGGGAUCAGUAUUUCCUGGAGCCACAAUGGUUGUGUGAUCAGCUUGCUAGGGUUGUUUCAAUCAAAGAGGUACAGCAGUUCUGUAGAAAUGGUAUAAUGAAGUUGAAGGAUAUGUACCAGCUGUACAAGAACUCGGACAGGAUCGGUCAGUAUAUCCUCAGUCUACUCAACAAGUUUGAGGUGGCACUACAGUUUGACAGUGGUCAUCUACUACUACCCUCCCUCCUGCCAACAGAUACAAACCUUCUAGCAGAAAGUAUGAGGGAGAUUCCUUUAAGAAGAAAGGGAGUGCCUGUUUCACCAAUCAGUAUGAGUGCAAGCUCUGUGAACCCUAGUAGCAUCGGUAUGCUGUUUAAUCCUUCCACAUUAUCCAUGCAUGGAGAUCACUUGAUGCACCUAGUGAGUACCCAGCCCAGCAGUAACCCUGCAUUCUCAAACACUCGUCUAUACCUGCUGACCUAUUUUCCAAGUGGGUUCUGGCCGAGGCUUAUUACCAGAAUAUUGGCAGAUGAACGCUUUUAUGAGCCUGUUAUGAGAAUGUACCAGUUUCCUCAGGAUAUUGUGGAAAAGUGUCCUGAUAUUCAAAAAGAAAGUCCAAAUUGGAGAUGCUGGCAGACUGGUUUUGAACUUGUGUAUUUUGGUAACGUGAUUAUGCAGGUGAAAGAAGUGAAGGACACCUCCAAUUAUGCACGUGGAAUGUGUAAUUACACAGACGAUGGUUUAGUUAUUGAAUGCCAUUUUGAUAGCCAGUGGGGAGAACUAGAUGUCAAGGAUAGUGUCAUUUUAGAAAUAUCCUUUAAGGCAGACAAGAUUACUUAUUAUUUUGGUCAACAGGACCCUACUGGGGCUGCUAAUUAUAGAUCUAUAGAACCAAGGGACAUAUAUCAUGAUGAAAAGGCUAAAACAGCAGUUCUUGCAAAGAUAGUGGAGCACGUAGACUGUCUUUUACAAGACUGGUUUCCAGAAAUUGGAGAAUCAAGAUUUAUUCAAAGUUGUCAAGGACGUUACCUAGUGACAAGAGUGGUUCCCUGUCCAUUAUGUUUACAAGCUGAGACUAGUUAUCAGGAAAAUCCUUCAGGGGCUUGGCAGUUGUACUCGAAAGGGUCCGAGCAUACACAGCCAGUUAGUAUCUCCAGUGAUCCGGAAACUCCUCCCCAGCAGACAGGAAGUGCCAACCCAGCUGAUGUGGAAAUCAAUGUGAGCAACAGAGUAAUGUGCACAUUUCUGGUGGAGAAAUGUAUCAAGAAUAUUCUAGACGGUUUGGAUGAGAUAUGUAAGAUACAUGGGUCUGUGUCACCAAGCUUUAUGCCAGGAGAGGACGGGGUCACGAGACUGAUUCACAUUGCUCCAGAUGCUGUUUUUCAAGAUCUUGAUGAAGCGUUUGUUGUGGAAGAUGAUGUGAUACAAGUUACUGACAAGCUAGGUCAAGGAGCAUUCGGAACAGUGUCUAAGGGGAUACUGAAAAGGAGUGAGCAUACAGUAUUUGAUGUGGCAGUGAAAGUGUUGUAUGAUCCCAACAGUAAGGAACGCAGAAAGACCAACCAGACUACACAGAUUUGCCUGGAGACAAUUUGUGCUGCAUAUACCACUGCCAGACAGGAAGUUAGCAUCUUACAGACAGUAGAACAUCCCCAUAUUGUACCCCUGCUGGGCCUCUCAAGGCGCCCGCUAGCACUUCUCCUGUCACUGGCUCCUCUUGGUUCCCUGCACAGUAUAUUUGAGGACAGGUAUAAAGAUGGGCUACGUCUUCCAGUUUGGGUGAUUAGACAAAUUGUUAUACAGGUAGCUGAUGCUUUAGACUACAUCCAUGGACGCAAUAUAAUAUAUCGUGAUCUCAAAUCUGACAAUGUCCUUGCCUGGAAUCUACCUGCAGCUAAUGACCUUGACCCUCGGCAACCUGUCUUGGUGAAACUAGCAGACUAUGGAAUCAGUAAGUCUGUGUUGCCAGGGGGAACCAAAGGGUUUGGGGGAACGCCACCUUUCAUUGCCCCUGAAAUACUGAUGCGUACUGGCAAAGAUACUUACACAGAAAAGGUUGACAUCUUUUCCUUUGGGAUGUUCAUGUUUGAAUUGUUGACAUGUCGGCAGCCAUUGUCAGAGAUCAACAACAUUAAUGUACAUGUGGUACAUGGAGGCAGACCCACCCUGAAAACUGAGGAGGCUAUAUAUCCCUCUCAUAUGUUAGACUUGAUGAAUAUCUGCUGGAAUCCUGAUCCCCAGAGUAGACCGUCUGCUGCUCACAUCCGUCUGAUAGCUAGCAGUCCACAGUUCUGUCAUCUCAGUGAUGCUAUUACCACGGAAACUGAAACCACAGUGCUCUCAGCAUGUUCAGUGUUUGUAGAAAACUUGGGAACUUCAGAUACAAAUAGAGAACAGUCAAAUGACCACAGCCAGGUGUGGAUGGUAUCUUCAGAAAAUUAUGGAAAUGUACAUGUUGAAAUACUGUCCUUCAACACCAGUAACAAAUGUAUAUCAUAUCAGGAACUGAAACCAGACACUAAAAUGCUGGCCGUGUGCAGUGUAGAGAAAAAUGUAUGGUGUCUGGAUGAAAAUGGAACAAUACACAUUUACAGCCCAACAAAGAUGGAGAGGGUUGAGGAGUUCUGUCUUCUGGUGAAUACGUUAGAUGCUGUACAUUCCAUGACAUAUCACCAUGACAACGGUGGAUAUGUUGUUAUCUUGCUGAAAGAACGACAGAAACGUUCCACAUCAAUCUUCUGCUUCAAGGCGGAAAUGUUGCAGUCAUGUGACCAGCUCCAGCCAGUCACUGUUACCGGAGAUUGUUACUGCACAGCUGUUGUAUCAUCAGGAGACGGUUACAAACUGUGGAAUGGUGUGACUGGGGACAGUGCAGUGGUUGUGAGAGAUGCUAAUAAUCCCGAGGGAGAGACGAAAUGUAUCUACCCAUAUGAAGAUCCUGGUGUUAAACAUCAAAUUUGUCGGUUUAUUACGACACCAGUGAACAUGGCCAACACUCAUAAUGCUUGGACCUAUAACUAUCCAGGGAGUAAAGUGUUCCGUUGGGAUGCAGACCAAGAGCAAGUGGUAGCAGUGCUGGAUUGCUCAAAUAAAAUACCAGCUGCAGACAGCUACCAUGUACAGAAGUCAAAGAAGUUUGAAGCAAACCAUUACCAGGUGACAGCUGUGUCUGCUGUAGGUCAGUACCUGUAUGUGAGUACAACCUGGGGAUGUAUCAUUGUAGCAGACGCAAUAUCUAUGGAACCUCACAGUGUGUUCCGUUGUCAUAGCGAUGAAGACUACUACUGCAAGGCUAUUCUGCAACUAGGUCCAGUGCUGUCCCCAGAACAGUUGAACACACAUCCACAGGUACCAGAACAAAAAUUGGCAGAGACUUUAUACAGGAGAAUGCCUCGACAAAACUCCUUUCGUAAGGACAACAAAGAUGGUUUGCUGCCAGCAAAUGAUAAAUGCCAGGGAAUUGUCACCAUAGGGUGUGGAUACCGAGAUAUUAUAAAAUGUGUAACACGUCUUGAGAAGCAGGCUUUGGUGCGGCGGGAUACAGCGGAUGGUUGGGCAGUAGUUGAUACUGGGUCAGUGCCAGAACAGGAUACUGGAGUGAACAGACAGACAAACUUACAUACCUUCCUGUUAUCAUGGGAACCAAAACACUGGGAAUUUUAUUAGAUUGCAAAAGAUUUAGGACUUUACAUGAGUAUGUUAUUAAGUCAGUAACUUGAAGGAAACAGAUGUUUCCACCAAGGAACUAUCCUAUUAGAUAUGUUGUAUAAUUGUUGCCUUUAUUGACUGGUGCUUGGAGUUCUGGUUCUUAUCUGACUGUUUACAUUAAACAUACCAUUUACUAACAGUUUAAUAUUUAAAAGUAAAACUAAUGAUUCUUUAAAUUUUCAAGAGGUUUAACUUGAUUUUUCUUCUGUUUUUAAAACAAGGGAAAUGUUACCUUCUGUUGAAACCAAGAGCAUUUUUUAUUUGAACUGCAUAUUCAGUUUUAUAUUUUAGCUAAUAUAUUGAUACUUUAUGUUUGUGCAAUAUUUCCACUUCAUUGUUGUUUUAGCACCCGGCAAAUUAUGUGCAUUUCUGUAAAAAAUUCCAAAAGAACUUUAUUUCUUGCAUACUAGAUGGGAAUUUCCAGUAUUUUUACCAGUGCUGGAAAAAUCGGUCUUACACCCUGGGGUGUAAGAUGACUCUUGUGCUUUAAAUGACCUAUUACAAACUACAUAUAUGUAGAAUAUUUAUGUAGUUAUUUAUAUUUUAUUUCAAAAAACGGAAUAAAAAUCCAAUACCUUGACAGUUCCUCUUUGUUCCUGAUAGUAUGUUUCUCAAUUCAAAACACGUUAUUUAAUCAAAAAUUCAUAACGUUAUGCUGGAACUGAUAAAAUAAAACCAGAACUAAACAUUCUUAUUUGUUUUUGAAACGUCAUGACGUCUUUCCUGUUAACGGACGUUGAUUUCCCGCGCUUUGUUUAAAUACGCUGCUAUAAGAAAUAGUUCUAAAAAGAAAGCCGUUCGACUGAUUUUAUUUUUAUUAUUAUAUCUUUAUAUCAGUAUGCAAGAAAAAGAUUCUGUCACUGGUUAUAGGUGCAGAUGGGAAUAUCCGGCUCUCAGGUAACUGUUUAGGCGAUAACUCGAUAGGAACCUCAUUACCGCCUAAACAGUUACCCUCGAGGCCGGAAAUUCCCAUCUGCACCUGUAACCAGUGAAAGAAUCUUAUAAUUUCUUACUUGUAAUUCUACUUUUUAUUGUGUUAAUUUAGAUGUUAUUCCACUUUUCAUUGUGUUAUCUGCUUCACACAGAAAGUUGCUUAUAUAUUUGUAUGCAUGUUAAGUAUUUUGUAUUAUCACGUCUGAUGUGGCGGGAUUGAAAUAAAGCCGUUACAUAAAAUUGAUAAUACACUAGUGUAAUAAAGCUUUGAUGUUGAUGUUUAAAGUAUAGGAGACAUUGGUCAAAUUGACUUCUUUAUAAUAGUUAAAGAAAGUAAAAAUUUUGAUGUUUCGGCAGGAAAAGCUAACAUGUGAUAAAAAGAAUUAUUACAUAUGUGACUUUCCACAUUGAAUUUAUUAAACGGGUUGAAUAAAAUUGAUAAAAUGCUCGACAUAGCCUCACAUUUUAUUAUUUUAUUCAACUCGUUUAAUAAAGUUCAGUAUGAAAAGACUCGUGUAAUAUCCUCUGUGUAACAGGUGAGUGGAAAAUUCACCUUCCUAUAUGUACUAUAUAAUAUAUUUAUAUAUUAUAUAAAUGUAUUUUCAGGCAUCAUAGUUAAUAUUAGCAUGAUUUUGAAUAUACCCAUUUUAUGUCAUUUUACUUCUCCCAGAAUUGAUAGUUUUACAUGAAUGAUUUUCUCUUAAAUGUCCACUCCCUUAGUGAGGAGAGAAAGAUUAUCUAACAUCUGUUAUCCCACCUAGGUAAUGAUUUGUCAGGUAUUAGGGAAUGUCAUGGUAGUGUGUUUGUUUGUAUGACAUUGAAAUGGUUGUGUUGUGUAUCGAUAUAUAUAUAAUAAGAUAAGAUCAAUAUAAUAAGAUAAGAAAAAUGUGAUCUGUAAAAAUCAACUGACAAACUGUAGGGUAAUAUUGGUUAACCUUUACCCAGCUAAAUUUCUAAAAUGGACUGGUCCAUCAUUCAAUUUGGACAGAAUCACUUAUUCUUCAAAGGGAUGUUCACUAAAAAUUUACUGACUGAAUAGCGAACAGUGCAGGCUAUGAUCAGACUGCAUGGACGUGCAUCUGCACUGGUUGCAAAGCUUAAAUGAGCCGUGCCAUGAGAAAACCAACAUAGUGGGUGUGCGACCAGCAUGGAUCCAGACCAGCCUGCGCAUCCACGCAGUCUGGUCAGGAUCCAUGCUGUUCACUUUUAAAGCCUACUGCAAUUAGAGAAACCAUUAGCGAACAGCAUGGAUCCUGACCAGACUGCGCGGAUGCGCAGGCUGGUCUGGAUCCAUCCUGGUCGCAAACCCACUAUGUUGAUUUUCUCAUGGCACGGCUCAAAUAACUUGCUGCCAGCAGGCUAAAGGUUAAGAAAACACCAAGUUGAUGAUGAUACAAGAUGUUUAAUCAAUUAAUUUGAUAAAUUUGCAUUUUGAGUGAAAAAUGUAAAGGUAAUUAAGGGAAGAUUGUCUUCCCAUCAUUUAGAAAGGAGCUAUUUAAGUGUCUAAUACAAUGUAUAUUAAGCUCAUUCUAUGGUAAACAAUUGCUCAAUGCUAUUUGUAUGCAAAACUUAGCUUAGUACAGAGUUACAGUGAUAGCUUACUCAUUUAUCCACAUGACAGGAGAAAUAUCUACAAUUAUACCAAACUAUUUCACUCUUCCUAUUUCGCCGUAUGAUGAUACAAACUAUUUUCUCUGUAUUUUUGAUGCAAGAAGAAGAUAUUGUUUCCAUAUUUGGCAAUUCAGAGUUGGUACAAGUUCCAUUGUUAACUAAAAGGUAAAAGCUAUUUACAGAAAAAUGUAUCUGCAAAAGUUUCAGCAUCAGUAGAAGUUACAAAUUACUUCAGGAAUCCCCACCCACCCCCCACCCCGAAAGAUAUCUACUUCUUACAUCAGUAUCUAAAUACAUUACUAUUAUUGGGUACAUUUAAAAUGUUGGUGUAAUCAGGACACUCCUUUGUGUCAGUAAUAAAUUAUGCAAGCCAUUUAUGCAAGCUUUGUAGAAAGGGAAGCUUUAUUGUUAAAAUAUUAGGUGGAUAAAAGGUACAUACACCAGUUGUUUGUUGUUAUGCAAUAUGUCAAUUUUUAGCUCGACUUUCCGAAGAAAAAUUAGAGCUAUUUCACUCGCCCUGGUGCCGUCAUUUCCGUUGGGUAAAUUUUUAAAAAAAGUCAAAUAUCUCUGUUUCCUUUCAAAGCUAUUGACUUGAAACUUAAAUUAGGUAUUUACUAUCAAAGUCUGCACCAAAAGAAACAAUCCCUAUAACCCUGAUUUGAAUUUUGACAGAGUUAUACCCUUUUUUAACUUAGAACUUUUUGGUUAAAGUUUUUGAUAAAGUCAAAUAUCUCUGUUACUAUCAAAGCUUUUGACUUGAAACUUGAAAUAACUAUCAAAGUCUACAUUGGGAGAAACAAUCCCAGUUAUGCCCCUUUUUAACUCAGAAUUUUUUUGUUAAAGUUUUUACUGGCAAAGCUCUAAUUCAGAGUCAAGCACUUAGAAAAGUUGAGCUUGCUGUCUUAUGAACAGCUCUUGAUUAUUUUAUUAUUAAAGUUGGUUUUUAAGUAAUACACUUAAUUGUAUCCAUUUAUGUAUUUGUUAAACAAUUUAACCUACUUACAGCGGUCGUCGAAGGGACUGACCGAAAGUGACCACUAUAGACAGGUGACAGUUUAUCCAGGUUACCAAUGUAGGACAUCAACAUUAGUUAAAGAUUUAAUUAUGCUUAUUAUUUACAUAUAUUGACCCUUAACCUGCUAAAUUUCUAUAAUGAACUAGUCCAUCUUUCAAUUUGGACAGUAACAUUAACUGUUUAAAGGGGCGCUUACCAAAAAUAUACUGAUCAUUAUCUGCACUGGUUGCAAAGGCAGAAUCAAUUGUGUUUAGCAUGAUAAGGGUUAAGGUGUAUUUUGUAUUAUGUUAUGCAUAAAGCCUUGUUAUAGACGUGCAAGUUCUUGUAUUAUGUUAUGCAUAAAAGCUUUGUUAAAAACUGA